AUGCGACCUUCAGAAGCUUCUUACGCGACUACAUUGUCUUUGAAUCGUUUUCGACGAGUUCUCACUGCGUUGUUGCGAGGUCACACCUUCGAGCAUCUGAGGACGAACGCGACUUACCAAGUAUACAGAUGCACUGGUUGCUGGCUAGCAGUGGACUGCAGGAACACAAUGAUAGCUAUCAUCGAUGGAGUGCCAUUGUAUGCCAUCACCACAAAGAAGGAUGUGAGGACGUACGAACUAAUUUUCGCGCAGCUGAAAAAAGAAAUGGAAAGGGCAGGUCCCGCGGGAAGACUCAGAAUUGUACCCGACAACAAAAGAGCGUCUAGUGGAGCGGCACGCAAAGUUCCCCCCACAGCUUCAGUGGAAGGCUGCGCGUUCCAUCUCGCAGUUGCUUGGAAUAGGAAGAAAGACUCGCUCGGGUUGAGGAAGUUCUUCAAGGGAGAUGAAGCCGACAACCUGGUUACGCUGGUGGAAUAUCGUAAAAGGCUCUAUCUUCUUGCCACCACGUCUCUAUAG